AUGGAAGAUGAUGAAGAUGCAAUUUUACUCAAAGAAUUCGAGUCAUCGAAUGAAAUCGAAGAGACGACGACAGUAGAGCCAACAGCAGAUCCAUUUGGGGAGAGCAUAUCCACCAUAUCUUGCAAAUAUGGCAUCAUAAACAAUUUGGAAGCCCUUCUUAACAACGUAGCAUCUGGAUGGAAGUAUCACGUGUCUAACACGGAUCUCGUGAAACAAGCAUGGUUUCGAUUAGACAAUGCGACGAGUCGAAUAUGUGGACAUAUCGGAGGUUUGACCUAG